AUGGAGAAUGGGCUUGGGUCAGUGCCGUUCUUCAUAGCCAUUUUCUGUGCUGCGUCGUUGUCGCUGGCAGACGACUUCAAACUUGCUGUGAUACUCCCUGAGGACCCGCAGUACAUGUGGUCACUACCGAUGGUUAUCCCCGGCAUACAGAUCGCCAUAGAGAAGGUGGAGAACACUACGCUGUAUCCACAUAAGGUACAACUGGUGUACGACGACUCCGAGUGCUCCGGGAAGUGGGGCAUGGUGGUCGCCGUGGACUUCUACAUACACGAGCGGCCGCACGCCUUCCUGGGACCUGCCUGUAACUUAGCCUGCGCCCCGGUGGCCAGGCUGGCAUCUCACUGGAACGUGCCGCAGUUAUCAGCGGGGGCACCUGCGCUGGGAUUCGAAGAUAAGGUCACAGAGUAUAACCUUUUAACACGGACGUUUGUCUCCUAUGGUAAACUGGGGGAGUUCCUGGUCACCCUGUUCCGCCGCUAUGGGUGGAACGAUUCGGCAGUCAUCUACAGUGACGAUGACCCGACCAAGAAAACAUAUUUCCAGGCAGAGAGCAUCGUCGUCAAGUUUGCCAACGCCGGCAUCAACAUCUACCCGAAGCCGGUUCUGAAGGGGGCAAACUACGAGGCCAUUCUGAAAGACGUCAGCAAGCACGCCAGAAUCGUGGUUCUGUGCGUGUCUGCCGACGCCGUUCGCACCAUACUUCUCCAGGCGCACGACAUGGGACUAACAUCCGGGGAAUACGCCUUCUUCGACAUCGACUUGUUCCCUAGCGACGAGAUCGGGUACGGCAGCUGGUCACGUGGGGACGGCAGAGACCGGGACGCUAAACAGGCAUACCAGGCUCUGAUGAUCAUCACCAUGCAGACUCCGAACAGUACCAGUUACAUCGACUUUUCCGAAAGAGUGAAGAUGAUGGCUAAACAGAACCACAACUACACGUACGGGCCAAAGUUGGUAAACGCUUUCGUGGGUGCCUUUCAUGACGCCGUGCUCCUGUACUCUCUCGCCCUGAACGAGACUCUGGCAAACGGCGAGGACCCACGGGACGGCACCGCGAUCACACAAAGGAUGCGGAACCGAUCAUUUGAAGGGAUAUCCGGGAAUGUGACUAUGGACGAGAAAGGUGACCGGGAAAAUGACUUCUCCCUGUUAGACAUGGUGGACCCUGCAACAGGCAGUUUUCAGAUCGUAGCCAACUACCACCAUGACCGCGGCAACCAGUUCGAAGACGUCCCCGGAGUGUCCAUCCACUGGCCGGGCGGGGCCGUGCCUCUGGGCGUGCCGGUCUGUGGCUUCUUGAACGACAGUCCGGCCUGUCAACCCGACGGCCGUCUCGGUACCAUAGCUGUGGUGGGAAUCUCUCUAUCCUGCCUCGUGGUGUUGGUGGCUAUUCUGUCCUACUUUUCUUACAGAAAAUGGAAGCUGGAGGUGGAACUAACCAGCAUGUUGUGGAGAGUGAAGUGGGAAGAUAUCGUGUUCAACAUCAGCAGCACCAGUAGGAGGAACAGCUGCCUGAGCCUGGGCAGCUCACGGGGAUCAAUUUUGAGGUCGCCUAAUUCUCUCAGGAAGUCGACAGACGGCCAGCAUCAGAUCUUCACCAAAGUCGGCUACUAUAAGGGAAACUUCAUAGCAGUGAAGGUCGUAUCCCGGAAAAGAGUUGACCUCGGUCGGAAAACACUAUUGGAACUAAAACACAUGCGAGAUCUACAGCACGACCACGUGACGAGGCUAGUCGGUGCCUGUAUCGACCCACCGAACGUCUGCAUCCUUACGGAGUACUGCCCCAAGGGUAGCUUACAGGAUAUACUGGAGAACGAUUCGAUUAAGCUGGAUUGGAUGUUCCGGUACUCACUCAUGCACGACAUCACCAAGGGCAUGGCGUACAUCCACGACAGCGAGAUCCACUCACACGGCUCCCUGAAGUCCUCUAACUGCGUGGUGGACAGCCGCUUCGUGCUGAAGGUCACCGACUUCGGCCUGCACUCUCUCCGGGAGGAGGACUCGGCUAGGGACAGGGACUCGCACGCCUUUUACGCAAGUAAGCUGUGGACGGCUCCUGAGUUGUUGCGGAUGGAGGUGCAUGUACCGGGCGGCACACAGAGGGGAGACGUGUACAGCUUCGGUAUCAUCCUGCAGGAGAUCUGCGUCAGGAACGGGACGUUCUACGUGGAGACUGAGGAGGAGGAUCUAAGUCCGAAAGGUACGUACAUCAUCAUGAAGCUGAAGAAGGAGUACUUCCGCCCGACCAUCACCGACAACAUCCCGGUGAACGUGCGGACGUUGAUGGAGCGGUGCUGGGGAGAGGACCCGGCGGACAGACCGGACUUCCACACCCUCAAACUAUACGUCAAGAGCCUCAACAAGGGGAAUGAAGGCACUAACAUCCUGGACAACCUGCUGUCCCGGAUGGAACAGUAUGCUAACAACCUGGAGGGGCUGGUCCAGGAGAGGACCGAGGCCUUCCUGAACGAGAAGAAAAAGGCGGAGGAUCUUCUGUACCAGAUUCUACCCAAGUCCGUAGCAGACCAGCUGAAGAGAGGAGAGCCGGUGUCAGCCGAGGCGUUUGACAGCGUCACCAUCUACUUCAGCGACAUCGUGGGCUUCACUUCCCUGUCUGCCGACAGUACACCCAUGGAGGUGGUGACCUUGCUGAAUGACCUCUACACGUGCUUUGACGCUGUGAUCGACAAUUUCGACGUCUACAAGGUUGAAACAAUCGGUGACGCCUACAUGGUUGUUUCCGGUCUGCCUGUCCGGAACGGAACCUGUCACGUGAGGGAGAUAGCCCGGAUGUCGCUGGCCUUGCUUCGGGAGGUCCGGAACUUCCGGGUCCGACACAGGAACAACUGCAGGAUGAAGCUCCGGAUCGGGAUCCAUACAGGCCCUUGUGCGGCCGGAGUGGUCGGGUUGAAGAUGCCCAGAUACUGCCUGUUCGGCGACACAGUCAACACGGCAUCACGGAUGGAGUCGUACGGAGAAGCCAUGAAGAUCCACGUGUCUGCUCCGUCUAAGAACCUGCUGGACAGCUUCGGCACCUUCCAGCUGGAGGAACGCGGGGAGACGCAGAUUAAGGGCAAAGGCAUGAUGCGCACCUACUGGCUACUGGGGGAGAAGGACCCACCAAAACCGAUAGGGGUCCUCAUUAACUGUUGAUGAAAGCAGCCUGAUGACCUGAUAUGACGAAGAUCAUUAUCCAAGAAGGUCUGCACAACUCAAACACAUAUCUCCGAUGGAAACUUGAGAUUCCCAGUUUGUUGAUCUAAGCUGAACGGUUUUGAUGGACGUUCAUGAAGUCUAGUAUCGUUGCCUGAAGAAAUGGUUCGACGUUUGCUACGUUUAUUGUAAGUUCAUAUUGUCCAGUGCCAAUUGUAUUAAAAGUGC